AUGACUGAAAUUUCUACCAACGGCUUCAAAGAGCUCCCUAGAGGCAUCGCUUCGGUCGUAAGCCAUGGGCAAACCUAUAUAUUCUUCGUCAACAGCAAUCACGAGCUUUGCUACCUCAAGUCUCCUCAAGAAGAUACCGACGAUUUCCAGUAUCACGUCGUCAAGGUUACAAACGGUAAUCUGAGAGUCAGGUGUGGAGGCAGACAGGUCGCAGCAAUGGCUUGGGAUAGCCGAGGUGACCACCAGAUCCGUAUUUACUGCGUUUCUCCUGAAGAUGGAGACUGCUCUAAGAGGGGUUACAUCCAGGAAGUUGCCUUCAACAUGGCCAAUGGGUGGGAACUGGGUACACUUGGUACAGACGAUACGAAAACUUGGAUUGAUAACGACGCCUGUCUGUCAGCCUGCGCCCUCAUUUGGCCAGACAAGGAAGAUCUCAAGCUGUUUGUCUCAGGAAAAGACAAGAAGACUGACCGCCUAAAGGUGACAAGUUACUACUAUGACUAUGCUGAAAACGGCUGGCUCGAACAGGGUGUCGUCAGUAACAAGGUAUCCAAGUGGUAG